AUGGUGUCUAACCAGGGAAUAGAGAUCAAUCCGGACAAGAUAAAAUCCAUAGAAGAUAUCACCGUAGUUGACAACAUCAAGGUGGUACAAAGACGUAUCGGGCAGAGAGCGGUAUUGGGCCGGUUUAUUUCAAGGUCAUUGGACAAAAGCCACCAAUUUUUCUCAUUACUAAAGAAGAAGAACGACUGCUCUUGGACCCCAGAAUUUCAACAAGAUGUAGAAGAACUCAAACGAUACCUAUCAAACCCUCCUUUGCUGCACACCUCGAAGGCUAACGAGCAGUUAUACCUCUACUUGGCAGUCUCCGAGGUAGUGGCAAGUGGUGUCCUGGUUCGGGAAGAAGAAGGCACGCAGUUUCCUAUCUAUUAUGUUAGUAGAAACCUAGGCGAUGCUGAAACAAGGUACGAUAUUGAGUACAAACCCCGAAAUGCCAUAAAGUCUCAGAUUUUGGCAGACUUCGUGGCCGACUUUAAGCCGGUCUUGAUCCCCGAGGUCGAGAAAGAAUUAUUGCUAGGCUUGGGGACUAGAUCGGGGUGGGUCGAAGCACAGAAAUUCGAGAAAGUUAGGGAAAAGGAGGUCAUCGACUUUAUCGAGGAUCAUAUAAUAUGCCGGUUCGCAUUACCGGCCGAGAUCACGUGUGACAACGAGAGACAGUUCAUCGACGGCAAGACUAAUAAGUUUUUUUAUGAUCACAAAAUCAAGAAGAUUUUAUCAACACAUUAUCACCCCAGUGGGAAUGCUCAAGCGGAGUCAAAAAACAAAACUAUAUUGCAGAACCUGAAGAAGAGAUUGACCGACUCAAAACAAAAAUGGAAAGAAGUUUUGCCUGAGGUCCUAUGGGCAUAUCGAACAACUUCGAAGUCGAGUACCGGUGAAACACCAUUCUCUCUAGUCAACAGCGUAGAAGCUCUGAUUCCGUUAGAGGUAGGAGAAGUGAGCCUAAGGUUCCAAUAUGCUACGGAGACGUCAAAGGACGAGGCCAUGGCCACGAGCUUAAAUUUAGCAAACGAAAGGCGAUAA